AUGGCAUUUUCUAAGUAUUCCCAACGGGAUAGAUUCUUCCGAGAAUUGCGAGACAGGCUCGAGAGAGAGUCUGAGGAAGAGAGAGAGUAUGAGGAAGAGGAUCGGGUUGAUAAGCCACGAGGCAAUAACAACAACUACUACUACCGGAACAACAAUUACAGUCGCAACAACAACAAUUACAACCACAACAACAACUACAACCAAAACGAUAACUAUUACAACCACAGAGAGACGAACGAGGAAGAAAAUGGCCUUAGAAUGGAAGUAGAAAAAUACAAGAAGUUAUGGAAAGAUACGGAAGAGAAAAUGCUUUUGAUUGCAAACGCUUACCAACGGGUAAUAAAAUCACUCUUAAAGCAAUCAGAAGAAUCAAAAGCUCGAUUGGAAGAACUGUAUCAUCGUGACAUAAAAGACCUUCAUGACGAUAGGCGGGAUGCUGCUAACGAUAUGGCUGCAAAAGAAAAUAAAUUUGAUAACAAGUUAAAAGCUUUGGAAGCUAAGCUGAGCAAUGAGAAAAUAUUGAAUGAAGCAUUAAGCCAGGAAGUCACUAUGCUUAAGACACGAGAGGAAGAGUAUGCUUUAUCGGUUGCUGAGAACAAAACGGCAAUUAAUUCCGAAUUGGAAAGUAAAGAAAGUGAAGUACGCAAAUUGAAGGUGCAACUCGAAAGCAAUCAGAAGAACAUGGAAGAAGUGUUGAUAAAUAGAGAGAUCUUAAGGAAUCAAGUCAACGAUCUGCAGGACAAACUGGCGGCCACUGAUGAAAAAGUGAAGAAUCUUGACAGUACGAUAACCUUGACGGCAGCCAACAUGACCCUUUGGGAUGAUGACUACAGCGUAGUCAUAUCCAAAACAAAGGGUGCGUCAGGGUCAGCACCCACAGAACGCUAA